ACCCCCUUCCUGUCCCAUAGCCUGUCCCCAGAUGGGGCUAUAAGACCUCUGUGGAGAGAGGAGGGGCCCUCAUUCUACACUGAGUGAGAUCUCAGCAACAUGAAGUCUCUCCUGAUGCUCCUGGCAGUGGCCGCCAUCACCAUAGGACAAGUCCGGGCCCUCCAGUGUCACGUGUGUGAAAGCUCUGACAAUUGCAAGAAGCAAGUAACCUGUUCUAGUUCUUCCCGGUUCUGCAAGACAUCCAUCAACUACCAGUCAUUGUCAGGAAACCUGGUGAAGAAGGAAUGUGUUGAGAACUGUGAUCCACAAAAUGGUGAACAGUACAAGAUCUUGUGCUGUUCAUCAGACCUGUGCAACUCUAAAACUGGAAACUCAGCUCCUGUCCACACAAUUCUCAGUCAUGCUGUCCUGGCCCUCAGCCUUACCCUGGCACUGGUCUCUGUCCUCUAUUGACCCUGAGACAGAUCACAACCCCCCUACCCCCGACCCAAAGCCUGCCCUGGAAGGUUCUGCGCCUUCUCUUCACACAACUCCAGCAUAGCUCCAAGCUCCUCAUGAAUCCAUUUAUCCCUUCCCCAAACUCCUUGAAGACUCCCAAGAUAAGGGGCACACAAGGAAAGGGGGUGCUUGUUCUGCUCCUAGGGGUCCAGAAAGUCAGUCCUCCUAACCUCCCUCAAAGUAUAAACAUCCCGACUGGCCACUUAGAGUCACCCUCACUAGGCACUCCUACCAGAUCUAUCCAGGGACUCAAAGAUGUUGGCCCCAUUAAGGAGGAUCACUUCUCAGUGGAUCCUUAGUGUGCAUCUGGGGAUGAGGAGGAAGAAUGAGGAAGAGGGAAGGUCACAGCAUUGGAACAAUGGGAAGAUGAAUAGAUUUGGAACCUGGAAUAUUGGGUUUGAAUCCUGAUUCUGUCAUUUAUUAGCUGUAUGAUAUUGGAUGAAUUGCUUCAAUGGGCCUCAGUUUCCUCAUUUAUAUAAUGAAGGAGUGGAAUCAAAUAAUCUCUAUAGUCCCUUCCAGCUCUAAAAUCCCAUGUUCUCUAAGAGGUGUUGGGCUGAGCAAGAGGACAGAGGGAAAUCAUUUCAGUCCCACCAGCUUUUGUAUUGUUUCUGUAAGCUCAGAUUUUUAUUUUCUACUCAAUAAUAAUAAUAAUAAAAACUAAAAUAAAAGGAAAGUUGCAUUUUUAUUU